AUGGAUCCCCACGCAGCUCUCGAGCUGCUGGAGUACCUGCGCACAUGCUACCCGAUCUUCCUGCUGUCCCUCUUUGCGGUGGCCUUUGUAGUCAACACAAUGGUCACCGCCAGCAGGGCCAGCAACAAUGAAUCUGUUCGCAUGGGUCCGGGUGGACGACCACUCCCGAAUCGAUGCCGCAGUACAGCUCCCGCUCGGAAGGCCAAGGAGUUCUCUCCCACCGUCAAACGCUUCUUCAAUUGGUUUUCGGUGGGCGUGCUCCUCACGUACCUGAUGGAUGCAACACUCUACAUUCUCCAUGUCAUGAUGGCCCGAUCCGAGCAUUGGUGGCGAGGUCAGUCUGCAGUUAUCUAUAUCGUCGGUUCAUUCUUCUUCUACGCCGUCUUGUUGAUGACUCUACUCGACACUAGCCCGUCUCCGACAGCCGCUCAAUUCGUGUGUUGGCUCGCCGCCAUUCCUCUCGAACUCGUUAUUCUUAGCACCUCCCUCUCUCUUUACACCUCGCCUCACCAUGAGCCGGUCGUGGGCGAUCCCGAAGGCGGCAAGCUCCGAAAAACCAUCACUCCUUGGGAAUACUUUGAGGUGGCCUCGAACAGCCUCCGCGCAAUGAUUCUGCUGGCUCUUGUCGUCUUGUAUGCGACCAAGUCAAUCACCUGGAAGAGCCAGGAGAAGAAGCACGGGCACGGUACAAACGGCAAUGUCAGCGAAUCCACUGGACUUCUGGAUCCUGCAGCUGCAGAGAACGGGAAUGGAAAUGCCAAUGGCCAUGCCUAUGGCGCUACGAAUGGUGCUGCGGGUGCUGAAAGUGCCAAGCCGCAGCCAGAUCCCUGGGUUCGCCCCACGACCAUGCCUUCUACGAGCUGGUGGGAGUACCUGAGCGGCUACUCGCUCUUUUUCCCAUAUCUGUGGCCAUCCAAGUCCCGUCGCUUGCAGAUUAUUGUGGUCCUUUGCUUCAUUUUGCUCGUUCUCCAGCGAGUCGUGAAUGUAAUGGUACCCAGCAAGGUGGGAGACAUCAUCACUAUCUUGGCCAACGAGGAAGGGAAGGAAUUUCGCGUCCCUUGGAUCGAGAUUCUGCUGUAUGUGAUCCUCCGGUGGCUGCAAGGUGGUCAGGGCCUGCUGAGUUCCAUGCGCUCUAGCUUGUGGAUUCCAGUCAGUCAGUAUUCUUACAUGGAGCUUUCUAAUGCUGCCUUUGAGCAUGUGCACGGUCUCAGCUUGGAUUUCCACCUCGGAAAGAAGACUGGUGAAGUGCUGUCUGCUCUGAGCAAGGGUAGCUCUAUCAACACAUUCUUAGAGCAGGUGACGUUCCAGGUGGUACCGAUGUUGAUUGAUCUGGUUAUUGCAUUUGGAUACUUCCUUGUUGCAUUCGAUGCAUACUAUGCGCUCGUUGUGGGUAUCUCGACCUUCGGCUAUCUCUACGUUACUAUUCGUAUGGCUCAGUGGAGGGCGGAGAUCAGAAGGCAGAUGGUCAAUGCAUCGCGCCAAGAAGAUGCCGUGAAGAACGACUCAAUGGUCUCGUAUGAGACAGUCAAGUAUUUCAACGCCGAACAGUACGAGUUCCAACGCUACCGCGAUGCCGUGGGCGAGUUCCAAAAGGCCGAGUACCAUGUUCUCUUCUCUUUGACGCUUCUCAACACCUGUCAGAAUACAGUAUUUAUGCUCGGCCUGCUGCUCACCUGUUUCAUCGCCGCAUACCAAGUUUCCACCGGCCAGCGCGAGGUCGGUCAGUUUGUUACUUUGUUGACUUACAUGGCCCAGCUUCAGGGCCCGUUGAACUUCUUCGGUACUUUCUAUCGUUCUAUUCAGUCCGCACUGAUAAAUGCCGAGCGUAUGCUGGAAUUGUUCCGGGAGCAGCCUACGGUGGUCGACAGCCCCUAUGCCACUCCCCUAGCGAUGUGUAACGGCGACAUCAAGUUCCAGGACGUGGAGUUCUCGUAUGACAAACGGAAGCCAGCCUUGAACGGCCUCACAUUCCGCUGCGAACCAGGCACCACAACUGCCUUGGUUGGUGAAUCUGGCGGUGGCAAAUCGACAGUCUUCCGACUUCUCUUCCGGUUCUACAAUACCGAGAAGGGACGCCUUACCGUUGAUGGUCACGACGUUCAAGACAUUACAAUUGACUCUCUGCGAAGGCACAUUGGUGUGGUGCCUCAAGAUACCGUACUCUUCAAUGAGACUCUAAUGUACAACUUGAAGUACGCCAACCAGGCAGCAAGCGAUGAAGACGUCUAUGAGGCUUGCCGGGCUGCAAGUAUCCAUGACAAGAUUCUGGCCUUCCCUGACGGGUACAGCACGAAGGUUGGCGAGCGUGGCUUACGGCUGAGUGGCGGUGAGAAACAGCGUGUCGCAAUCGCUCGUACGAUCCUGAAGAACCCUCGAAUCAUACUUCUGGACGAGGCUACCGCCGCUCUGGAUACUGACACCGAAGAGCACAUUCAGCGGGCUCUUUCGACCCUCUCACACGGCCGUACUAUGCUCGUGAUCGCCCAUCGCCUCAGCACCAUCACUACUGCUGACCGUAUCCUAGUCCUGGCAGACGGUCAGGUGGCCGAGAGCGGCACCCACGAGGAACUACUGGCUAUGAAGGGCCGCUAUGCUAGCAUGUGGCGCAAACAGAUCCGAGCCCAAAAGGCCGCAGCCGAAGCUCAAGUUUUGCAAGACCGCGCCGAGCGUAUUCGCAACGCCACUCAUAGCGAUGACAGCUCCAGCCAAUCCGACGAGGACCGCAAAGGCACUCGUCGUCCCACUCACUAA